UUUUGUACCCUGAUUUUUUCUUUUAAAAAAAACCAGGGUAUAAAACGCUGUCCGACAUUCCAUUUUACCCCAAAAGCUUAAUUUGGUAAAUAAUUUGACGACGAGUCCACUUUACAAAAUACUUCAGUAAUUAGGCUUACAAGGAAAAAAAAAAUCCCUAUAACGAUUUCUCAGUCUCUCUAACGUCUAACCCCUUAUUCUCCCGCUCGUCCCCCAUUAACUUUCCCCCAAAAAUACUGCAAGAUCUUGCUAUGAAGCAAUUGCAAAAUUCACAAAAUUAAUUAAUCAAGAAGAAGAAGAAAGAAUAAUGGUGGGAUUAAUGGCGGCUGGUUUUGAAGAAAGAAUUCAGAGUCUCAUUGACUCAAUUACCUUUGCUGCUGAUACCCCUUCAAAGCUCGAAAAUUUGCAUCAACUUAAGCAGGAAUUGUUGGGUGUAGAAGAUGAUACUACUGUUUCUUUCUCUGAUUUUCUUCGUUCUUUAUUGAAGCUUCUUUCGGAUUGUUUUAGCCCUGUUCGUAAAUGCGUUACCGAGGUAAUUGGUGAAAUUGGGUUGAGGCAUUUGGAGAUUUUACCUGAAAUUACACCUGCACUGUUGACUGUUGUUGAUGAUGAUACUCCAGCAGUGGCCCGGCAAGCUAUUACAUCUGGCACUAAUAUAUUUUGCUGUACCAUGGAGAAAAUAGCAUUACAGGGGCUAAAUGCAAGCAAGUUGGAUGAUUCGCUUGAGUCAGCGUGGGAGUGGAUGCUGAAGUUGAAGGAAAAGAUAUGUUCAAUAGCUUUUGAGUCUGGAAGUGAUGGAAAACGAUUGUUGGCUCUGAAAUUUGUUGCAGCCAUCAUUCUUAUUUAUACUCCAGACCCCAAUGGUGGUACUGAGCUACCAUCUCAUCUUAUUAGUGAUGGUAAGGAAGCAGGGUUCACUAUCUCAUGUGUUCGUAGAGGGCAUCCUCUUCUGAAGAUUGGGGAUCUGUCAAUUGAAGCCAGUCAAAGUUUGAGAUUAUUGCUUGAUCAGCUUCGCCUCCCCAUCGUGAAAUCUCUCAGCACCUCCAUGGUGGUUGUGCUCAUUAAUUGUUUGUCAGCCAUUGCUGUGAAGAGGCCAUCCUUCUAUGGACGAAUUCUUCCAGUCCUUCUGGGUCUGGAUCCUUCAAAUUCUGUUAUCAAGGGGUUGCAUGCUUAUGGAGUACAGAAUGCUUUAAAAGAAUGCAUAUCUCUCUUGCUUGAAGUGUGCACACCCUAGUGCUACACCGGUAUGAUCUUUC